UCUGGUGGCAUGUUCGCACUUAGAUCAUUUGGCCGACAGGCCAAGGCUCUUCCUAAAUGGACCCAGCUUCGUUGUGUAUCGACACUCGAAGGAGCUCCAUACAUAUAUGUACAUUCAAAUAAUGGACCAGCAAGUGGAAGUCACAUCUUAUCACUGUUGCCUUCCGAGCCAGUAAACCCAGACCUGGCCAUUGGAAUCACGACUCAACUUCCGCCAACAACAGACUCGUUCAAAGAGAAUCCCAAGUUUCUCAACAUUGUUCAAGAAGUUUGUUUCAAGUAUGCUGUCGAAGAUCCCGACGCCAAAUCACAAGCAUCAGUCAUGGUGUCUAUUGCCGGGGCCAAUUUGAGCUCGGGCGGCGUACUUCUAGGCGGCCAGCAGGGGCGAAGACGCCGCGGAGAGAGCAAAGACUCAAGCAGUGGCGCAAGUGGCCAAGGUGGUGCAGGGUCUGGUGGACGUGGUGGCUGGAUUCAUGUCUCUGAUGGCAGGCGGCCGCCCGACUAUGGUCGGAUCGCUUGGCCUGAAGAUAUGUUCGGAAGUCUUGAAGUGGACGCGAAUGGUCAGUUUGUUGGAGGCAACGGCAAUUAUCAACCGAGUGGUACCUACCGAGUCGUGACCCGAGACGGAAUUUUUGGGUUAAGCCCCUUCCUUAGAGAGAAGCUUGUCCAAAAGCUACGAGAACUUGAAAAAUGA